UGUCCCCAAGAAUCACCUUCAAAAGGUUGCCAAAGAUUUAUUUGAUGGGAUGUCAAAGCUAGACUCUAGGGUAUCACUGCACAAACUGAGAGACAGUGUUGCUUCCAUUUUACCCUUGGAUCAUCUUGGUCUUCUGGCCAAACCAGUCCAUGCAAGUUUGGUCCAAGAAAAAAAAUCUUCAGAAAGCAAGCACAGGGUGAAAGUCACUUUUGGGAAACUUGAAGUGAUAGAAUGUUUAUUUGACUGUGUCAGUAAACCCAGUGACUUUGCUAAAACUGCUCUACCAAAACUGCCCCAAUAUUCUGUGCCCAGCCGAGAGGUGAAAGGUCAGAAAGCGGCACACUUUAUAGAGUUGCUGGCCUUUGAUGUGAAUGGACUUUCAGAUUCUCCUGCACCGUAUGACCCGUCAACAUUGUUUAACAUUGAUAAGCCUAAACUACCUCAGUCUGCACUCACUGUAACACUUGAUUCCAUUCAGACAAAAAGACACCAAAGAGAGAGCCCAGGGAUUCGGCUGAUGUUUGAUUUCAAUAAAAUGGCAUCAGAAGUGGAUGUGACCAUCAUUGACAGACUGACUAACCUGAUUCACUACGACAACAGAAAGGGAAGCGCUACCAAUGUAGGAACUCACUUAAUGGACACCAAUGGCCAUGUUGGGAUUGAUGAUGCAAUCAGAGAUGAACAAGCUGGCAAUAAGUUCAACUUAGAGAUCAGAGCUAAGGCUGUACAGGCAACAUUCAGAGUCAGAUUUCCUGUCCCUGACUUGCGUGUGGACCGACCAACACACAGCAGAGAGUGGUGGAGAAGAAAUCUUCAUAAAGAAAUUUUGCUGCUGGAAAUGGAGUCACCUGAUGCCAGCUCCAACUUAAAGCAGGACGAACCAUUGCAGCUGGAGCUCCAGGUCUUUAAAAUCAGUGCUUAUUUACAAGAGGAUAUCAACAAAGAUCCCAUUUUGUUUGGUGAAGUGACUGUAGAUGACCCUAAAGCAACUCCUUAUGAGGGAACCUUCAACUGGCCACGAAUUGUCAUCAAUGUCAGCCACAAGGCCAACUCUGUGCUAGAAGCUGAGGAGGAAUCUGAUGCGUCUGCUACCAGCAUGGACAACUACAUGGAGCCUGGCCUGCUAAAGAAAGAAUCUGGGCCAUUCAGUAAAAAGAAAAGUCUUUAUGCCAGGGAUGAUUUGUCUUUCAAUGAGAGUGUUCCAGUUAAUGAUGAGAUGGUGAUGCCAGGAGACACAGCAGAACUGAGACAGUUCCGGGAUGAAUGUCUGGCCCGCACAUGUUUGUCUGUUGACAUCACUGUUCCAUCUGUGACUGCAUUUAUACACAGUAGAGAGUUCCUUGAGCUGCUCUAUAACAGAUUCAACAAUGACCUUCUGAUGUGGGAGCCCCAGCCCCCCAGAACACAUUCCUACAUGAACACCAUGAUCCCCUCCAACACAAACCUGGGCGUCCUACACAUGCUGCAGAACCAGGGGGGAGAAAUGAGUGCAGAUGAUGAGGACCCGUCUGACUCAGAUGAUGAUGGCUCUAUGCACUACUCCAUCCAUGACCACAAGGCCAACAAUAAAGCUACAAAAAUUGUAUCUCCCAAACUCCUCAACAAAAUGUGUUUCUCACUGAGUAUAGGCAAUGGCAAACUGCUGGCUGUGAUACCUCAUGUUGACAUGGAAUCUAAUCCUGACUUGCACGGAGAAGUGUUGAUAACACUAAAGGAUGGAUUACUUUUUUCUGUCAAUGAACAUGGUGGUGACCCUGACCUUAAGUAUUUGUGUUUGCAGACUAACAGGGCCCAACUUUACCAUAAUGCUCACGUGACCCUACCUGUAAAACCUGGAUCACUUGACCUGAUCAGGGACAAAAUACCUGACCACCUCAAGUCUAAAAUUUACCGCUCUGAUCGAUGGGUGUCAGAUAAAUCUCAAGGUCGUGCAGGGUGGGGUGCUGAUAGCCCAGACAUGGUUACUUUGGUCGUCAAAACAAAGAUGGACACUCUGAACAAUGUCAAGAACUUUACACUGGCCUUAAGAGUAGAUGGAGCCACACUUCGCCAUGAAAUGCACAGAACAGGUGAAAGCUGGAUCUCACAGCUGAUUGACCUGUUUGAUCUGAAAGAUUUCCCAAUCUUGGGCUACACAAUGCCUAAAGUGAUGACAGAGAUUCACCUUCAAAUAGAUCAUUGUUGUGUGGACUAUAGGCCAUUGAACCUCUCAGUAUGGACAUUCCUCACUGUGGAACACUUCAGCAUUUGCAGUAACAUAAUAGCUGAGUCAGCAUUCUCGCAGAUCAGGCUUCUAUUGGACGACUCAGCUUUGUUUAUUUCUAAAAGAUGUAACAGAGAAGUGAAUUUGCUCAGAGAUUAUGUAUGUGUGGCUGAAGUAGAUCAGUUCAAAAUUUGGCUGCAGUUUUGUUAUGACAAAUCAGGGAAGCAGAGAACUCCCAAGUCAGACCUGAGGUUUAUGGUGAAUGAGCUGAACCUGCACACAUGUGCUGACUCUACCACAGCCCUGCUGGAGCUCAUACAGUACAUUGUCAAUGAUGGGGACAUGGUGGAGAAAAAUGAUCAAGGGGACGUCACUCCAACUGCAACAGAGGAAGCUCCUCAGUUUAUAUCUGAUGAAGAUCAUGGAGACAGUAAAAUACCAUCACCUGUGUUGCCAUCAAUAACACCAGAACAGGAAGCAUCUGUCAAGUCUGCCCUUGAGGAUGCUAUGAUUGAUUGCCCAGAACCAAUUAAGCACAAGCCAACCCCAACAAAGCACAGUCAAGGGCAGAUGACUCGGGUGUUUUUCCAAUGUGAUAACCCAAAACAAGUUUCUCUGCUGACAAAUGAGUUUGAGAACGCCAUGCACAUAACAGUAUCAGACAGCUCUGAUUCCAACACGCCUGAUGAAGAUGGGGGCAUGGGGGACACAGAGGAUUUUGAGAUUGUUGAUUGUAAUUUUAGGGAAGUCACAAAUAUAAAAGGAAGCCAUGAGGUUCAUUUGUUGACACAGCAACCAAUAGAAGUGAAUGAAAACUUCAUUAGAAAACCCACAAGCAGCUAUGACCACUUGAAGGCCCCUGAUAGGUUCCCUGAGCCAGAAUACCAGUACACACUGAGGGAGAUGUCUGUGGUCUGGCACAUCUAUGGUGGCAGUGAUUUUUCUCCCCCACGGCGGGGAUCAAGUAGUGAACGUCCAAAUUUAGCCAGAGGACUUCAGAGUAGUCCCAGAGACCAGAGAAAAUUUGAUGGUUCAGGUAGAACUAGGAGGCACAGCUGGCGACACAGGGGGGGAGACUGGAGGGACUUCAAUAUACUCAUGGAGCUUGAGUUAAAUAAGAUUAGGUUCAGGUACGAUGUCUACCCCAGCAAUACCAAACAGGCCUCACGAUUUAAGUUACUGGUGAAUAGCUUUGAGGUUCGAGAUCGGAUCAAAUCUUCAGAGGUCAACAAAUUCCUGGUCAAGCUUGUUGAUAAGGAACACCCUGAACAAUCAUCUGCCUAUAUGCUCAUGUUUUCUGGAGUUUUUACUAGACCAGAGUACCUGCCUAGCAGAACUGAAUGUGAGGUCAAGGCCUUCUGUCUACCAAUCAAACUUAAUAUUGAUCAGGUUUCUCUGAAUUUCUUGUGGAAGUUUGUAUCCCAAGUAUCAGACCCUGACACUGCCAAGUCUGAUGUUGGCAGUGUUGGUGGGAGAUCGUCUCCCCUUGGAGGUCACUCUUCACCUUCCAGCUCCAGCCCCCGUAACUCUGUUUCCAAUCUAGACCCAAUCAUGCGCAUCGGCAUACCAUCUACCAAUGAGUCCAGCUUGGAUGAAACAGAGUUGUUAAUGAAGUUUGAAGACUACAGUAAUCAGCAAAGCUUAUACUUACAGGCAAGACUAAAUGAGAAUGACAACUUGGAGCUUCCCCAUGAAGACCUGCCAGUGUUCAUCAAGUCUUUCAUUUUAAUAUCAGACAUCACAAUAAAACUUGACUACCGCGGCAAAAGAUGUGACAUGGAUAGUGGAGUGGUUGGAAUGAUGCUGGGUGUGGCUUCAUUGACUGGAUCUGUUGUCAAGCUGAAACGUAUCAACUGUCAGAAAGGAAUUCUGGGCUGGGAUAAGCUGUUGAUGUAUGCCUAUAAUGAGUGGUUGACUGACAUAAAGACCAACCAGAUUCACUCCAUCCUAAAAGGUGUUGGCAGCUUGUCCAUUGUGUUCCAGAUUGUACAAGGUGUGACAGACCUGAUACGUUUACCCAUUGAGCAAUAUCAGAAGGAUCGGAGAAUUAUACGAGGAUUACAGAGGGGAGCUAACUCCUUUACACUGAACACGGUCAUGGCAAUUCUGGAACUCACCAACAAAGUUGUUGGAUCAAUUCAAUACUGUGCAGAGUUGGGGUAUGAUAUGAUGUCACCAGGGCCGAGUGUAAGGAGGCGUAAGAUGUUGAAACAGCGACGCCAGCCACGGACAACAGCAGAAGGGGCCAAAGCUGCUUUUGCUUUGGUGACUGAGGGUGUCAGAGAAUCAGCUUCCAAUCUAUCUGCCAUUGUCAGUGAAGAAAGUGCCCACAAAGGUUAUGUUGGUGCUGUUGGCGGUGCCCUGAGGAAUGCCACCCCUGAAUGCCUGUUCAAGCCAUUAGCUCUGCUGGCAGAGGCAGGAACCAACAUAGUACAGGGAGUCAGAAACGAGGUGGAUCCAAGUAAAAUGAAGGAGGAGGAGGAUCGCUGGAAGUAGAUUCAAAGCACCUACUGGGUUUUGAAUUGUUUUUAAGCACUGCUAGUUAAAAUAAUUAAUAAAUAAUCAAAGAAUUCAUUCAAUAAUACAAAAAGACAGUUGUAAAUAAAUUAUGAAUUAUCAUCUGUGUUUCUAUUUGGAUUGAGGAAUUUAAUAAAUGAAUUUUACAACUAAAAAUCAGUAAACAUCAGAAUUACAUAUUGUCUGCUUGUAAAAUCAUUAAAAACCCUUAAUUAUCUUCUUAUCUCUUUAGUUGAUUAUAGUUUUAAACGACCACAUUAUCAAAAUUCCUUGCAAAGUAAUAUUUCCAAUUGUAUUUUGUUUUUAACAUAAUUUUACUUCAGGUUUUAAAUUUAAUAUGUAAAAACGUAAAUCCAUUUUGAUACAUCAGAAUUAUGUUGUGGUCUAGUUUGUUUUGUUCCUUUUAACAAUGUAUAUUUUUAGUGUGCUUGUUAUAGUCAGUUGUUGAUUAACUACAAAUUCUGAUAUCAAUGAACACUUGUUUUCAAAUUGUAGCAGUAAGCAUUUUUUUAAUCCUUAAGUUCAUUCAAUUAUUGUUGGUAAAUUUGCAAUGAAAUACCAUCAAAACCUGCAUAUAUAAAAUGUAUUUUUAUCCAAGUAUAUUCUUAUGUAAAAAUAGAAUUGCAGCACUUGUAUAAUUUUGUCAUUGACUUAGAGCUGUACUUGAUUAAUUUGUUCAUGAAUGUCAUCUAAAUGUUAAAAGUCACUUGGUUGGUUCUUAAAAUAUCUGAAAUACUUUUUUAUGGUAUGUACACUGAAGUCAACACAGCUUGAGAUUUAUAAUGUCAGAUAAAUAUUAUGUGUAUUAUAAAUGUGUACAUAUUAUUGAAAUUUUAUUUUUUGUGAUUGUUUGUGUAAUUUUUAAGCUGUAUUGCAUUUUAUUCAUGAUUAUACUGUAGGAUUUGACUUUGUGUCAAUUUUUUGGUUCAUUUUGUUAAACCAAGGUAAGAUGAAUUUUGGUAUUUAUCAGAUUCGUCAGCUAAUUUUGUGACAAACGUGUUUGAAAAAAAAAGGGAUGUGAUAUGUUUUCAGCUAAAUUUUGCUGUUCAGAUUGUGCAGUUAAUAUUUUGCCUGUGUUUGAUUUAAAUAUAUUCUGGUGUGCUAUGGUCAAAGAAAGCUUUGUAGCAUUUAAAAUAAUAUUCAAACUACAAAAAGUUAAUUAUAGGUAAUCCUGAAAUUCUUUGGACUUGAUAUUCUAAAUAAACCAUACUACUAUUUUUUUUAAAAAUAGAUAUUUACGAUGAUUUAUUUUAUUUAUAUAUUUUCUUUUCUGUAUCUUACAAAUAAUACAGUUUAAAUGCAGUUUUAUUAGAAGUGAAAUAUUCUCUCAGAUUUAAUUUGUGAUAUUAUAUUCAUAAAGAAAGAAACCGGUGCCUCAAUCUAGCCAAAAAUACAUUAGGUAAAAGAUGACAAAAAUGGAUUAGUAAUAAAUAAUUGUUAGCAGUUGUUUUUAACUGUCUGUAAAUAAUCCGUUGGUUUUGAUCAGUUUUAUUGACUUUUGCCUUUGGUUGAUUGAGAUAAUUUUUUUAACUUUGAAAACAAUUUUAUUUUCAUGUUUUUUUAGUGAAUGUUUGUUAUUAUAGAUACUCAAAAUAGUUGUUUCUAACAAAAGCACAGCAUAACCAACAUUCACUUAGUACAAUGCCCAAUUGUAUCUUACUAGAUCACCUGAAAUUGUUUUAAAAGGUAAUGUACUUCUGCUAAAUGUCCUCAAGUUCAAGGCUCUCAUCAUGUGUAAUCAUUAUGAAAUUGAUGAAUUACUUGAAAUGUAAACUAAAUAACUCAAGAUAUUAUUUAUCCAUUUUUGUUUAAAUCACAUUUUUUAUUUUGUUAAAAUAAUGCAUAAACUUUUCUUUU